AUGGAUCAAGUUCCUCUCUCUGCUGAGCAGCAGAGUGAUGCCCAGCUCCUGCACACCGGCGACGGGGCCGACUGCGUUGUUCGCUGUGGCGAACUCACUCUCAAGGUCCACAAAGCGAUUCUCUGUGAUCGCAACCCGUACUUUCGGGCUACAUUCGCAAUGAAAUUCAUGGAGGCCUUCAGCAACAUGAUCAACUUGCAGGAAGUGGUGACUCCCACCAUGGUUUCAGCUAUCAUCAAGUACAUCUAUGUGGCCAGGCCCGCCGUUGGAUUUGACCUGCAGGUGUACGGACCUAUGGAUGACGCCUACUUCUACAACUUCAUCUUGGAGCUCUAUCGCCACGCAGACUUCUUUCAGGUGAUUACCCUGAAGAACGCUAUCAUAAAAGAGCUCAAUAACCGCCUCAGAGCUUCCUCCGAGAUUAUAUUCGACGGGUGCUUGAAGGAAGCCGAGCCCGAGAAGUUCAAGAAGGCCCUUCACGACCCCAUGACCGGUGCUAUCUUUGCAUUUGACACAUCCAACGUCUACUACGACGUCUAUGAGCCUUUACGCGCCGAGAUAUUCCACUUCGUCGAGAUUUGCUACCCAGUCCUGUCGAGAAUGGGUGACGACUUUCACGCCUACCUCCGUAAGGCUCCCGAGCUGAGCAUCGAGAUCCUCAAGAGGAUUGGCGAAGCCAAAGACUCUAUGUUUCUGGCACCCGGUCCAGAGGCGAGUUGCAUGUUCUGUGACGAAACCAUCUGUGCCAAUCCGAUUCUCUACAUCGUGCAGCCCGAGUUCGGAAUGGUGGUGGACAGCCGUGGAAAAAUCCGAUACUUUUGCAGUCGGUUGAAGUGCAUCCGCCAGAUCAAGGCCAAGGACUUCUGGUAG